AUGAUGCCCUACGACGGCCCCCGCGAUUACCCUCCCCCCAUGCCCCCCGUGCCAGAGCGCGGGCCGCCGGGGCCGAAUGCGUACUACCCGUACAGCGCGCCGCCCCCCAGCGAGCCGAUCGCUGCCUAUCCGCCCUACCGCCCAGGGCGCGUGCCGAACGGCGAGCCCCACGGCCCCUAUGCGCCGGUGCACGAGCCGAUGCCGCUGCGGCCGCCGUCGCCGCCGGUGCGGUAUGCGCCCGAGCCGAUGGACCGGCCGAUGGAAUACCUCCCUGUCCCCCGCGGCGCGCCAGACAAGCUGCCGCCGCCGAUGCACGACGAGCUGCAGCACCCGCCGCCGAUGCUGCCCCCCCACGAGCCCGGUAUGCCGAUGCCGAUGGAUAUGCCGAUACGCCCGCCCCCCCGGCCGAGCCGCGAGCGUGCUCCGCCGCCGAUACCGGUGCCGCUCCCCCCCUCGCCCCGUCGGGUGCACGCGAGUGUGCACUCGCGUUCGCACCCCAAGCGCCCCCCGCCGCCGAUGGCGGAGCACGUUGCGUCGAGUGCGUCGAAGCGCGACCGGAAGCGCAAAGAGGUGCUCGAGCGCAUCGACCGCACGCACUGGGAGGGCCUCGAGAACCGGGAAGCCGUCUUUCACGACGCCUACGUCUCGCUGACUUCGAUGUACCACGCCCUGGUCUCGCGUCCGACGCUCGUGCGUGAGUAUACCAUGGGUCUCGCCGACAAGACGCUGGACCGGAAUGCGGCGAUCCGCGAAGUCGCGCUGUACCACGCCUUCCGCAUGGAGCGGAGUCAGUCCACCUAUGCGGUCGAGCGCGCCAAGGUCGAGGACGAGGCGCGCCUCGCGAAACGCAGCGUGCGCGACAAGCUCCUGAAUGUGAUCGAGGAUCGCAAGCGGCGCCUUCAAGACGAAAAAGAGGGCGGCGAGUUUGCCGCCGACUUUCUCCUCGAGCCGUCGCGGCAGCACUCGACGCGCCAGCUGCGCAACAAAGGCAGCACGCCCACGCCGGUGCGCCUCGGCGGCGGCACGCUGGACGAGGACGCGGCGAGCGGGACGCACGCGCUGAGCACCGCCGUCGCACAGCUCCUGAACUGGACGGAGCUGGACGCAUCCGCGGCGAUCGCCACGGCGAGCCGCGACGAUGGCGAGCUGCGCUCGCUGCCGUGCACCAAUGCCGAAGGAGAGACGAUGCAGAUGCCGCUGCACGAGACCUUUGCGUCGCACACGUCGCUCUUGGCCGGCGUCAAUCUGUCGAUGGCCGCCGCCGCCGCUGCCGCCGCCGCCGCGUCCAAGACAAAGAAAAAGGGCGCGAAGCCGACGCACGCGCAGGUCUUCGCUGCUGCCGAGCGCACCGUGAACGCGGACGAGGACGAGUCGUCGACCGCGUCCGGCACGCAGCCCACGACGCCGCUCGUGUCCACCGGCGGCGGCCGCCUGCGCUGGGACACGGCCAAGUGCCUCGCGCAGCUGACCGGCGCCAAGGACUUUGAGGUGGAGUCGGACCUGAUCAACAUCCACAAGAUCGGCCUAAAGCGGCGGCGCAGGUAG